AUGGUGAAGGUUGCUUGGGCGCUACUUCUUUUCUCUGUCGCCUCGCAGGCGGCGGCGCUGACAACCGAUGGUCUUUCCCUGCUCGCUCUAAAGGCUGCAAUCUCGCUCGAUCCUUAUCGCAUUCUCGACUCCUGGGUCGAUUCUGAUGAAGACCCCUGCGCUUGGCGAGGCGUAUCGUGCCAGAGCGGAAGGGUCACCGCUGUCUCUCUGGCGAACAUUUCUCUUGAGGGCUACCUCCCGUCUGAGCUCUCCCUGCUCUCGUCUCUCGAAAUCCUCUCGCUACCGUAUAACCGCUUCUUUGGCCAGAUCCCGUCGGCAAUCGGCGAGAUCAGAAGCUUGGUAUCGCUUGACCUCUCCAACAAUGAUUUCUCCGGUCCCGUGCCAUCCGAGAUUGCGGGUUUAGAAUCGCUCGCUAGUCUCGACCUUUCGUCCAACCAACUCAACGGCUCACUCCCCCCGGAAAUCGCCGCGCUCCCACGGCUCUCCGGCGUGCUGAACCUCUCCUGCAACCUCUUCAGUGGACAAAUCCCGUCUGCUUACGGCAACAUUCCGGUUGCCGUGAGCUUGGAUCUCAGGCAGAAUCAGCUCUCUGGGGAAAUACCCCAGGUCGGUUCGCUGCUGAACCAGGGCCCCACCGCCUUCGCCGGGAAUCCAGCCCUCUGCGGUUUCCCGCUCAAGUACGCCUGCGAUCAACCAGUUGCAAAUUCAAACCCUAGCUUCAAUGUCAGAUCCCCUUCCCCGCGAUCAACCGCGGAAGCGAGGCAACGUAGGCCAGUGGCGAUGAUCCCGAUCCUCGCUGUAAUCAUCAUUGCCGCACUCGUAUCAGUUAUUGUACUCCAAUGGCAGUUCCGCCGAAGGCGCGUUGCCUCCGCUGGUGGCAACCGAAUCUUUGGCAAGAAGCAGAAAGGUUCGCCGGCGUGGAAUGAUCGGCGUGAGGGGCAGAAUGCCGAAGAGAUCUACAUGGCUGUAGACGAGAGCUUCGAUCUCGAGCUUGAGGAACUUCUCCGUGCCUCAGCUUAUGUGAUCGGAAAGAGCCGGAGUGGCAUUGUCUACAAAGUCGUCGUCAGUCGCGGCCCUGCUUUAGCUGUCCGUCGGCUCAGCGAGAUAGACGACGGAAACGGUCCCGAUGACCAGUGCCGCCGCCGCCGCACGUUUGAGGCCGAGGCAGCUGCGAUCGGACGCGCUCGGCAUCCUAAUUUGGUCCAGCUUCGCGCUUAUUACUACGCACCUGACGAGAAGCUACUCAUCUAUGAUUAUAUCCCUAAUGGAAAUCUCUUCAUGGCACUGCACGGAGAGCAGCAAGCGGCGGCGGGAGGACCGACUCUGACCCCACUUACAUGGGCGGCGAGACUUGCGAUCUUGAAGGGAGUGGGACAAGGGUUGGCUUGCCUCCAUGAUUACAGCCCGAGGAAGCUCGUUCAUGGCAGCUUGAAGAGCACCAAGAUUCUUCUCGACGAGGAGCUACGGCCAUACGUUUCCGGUUUCGGGAUUGCUCAAUUGCAGCGUGGUGGCGGAGGUGGAACGAAGCAGCAGCUGGCUGCGGUGGAGGCGGCCUACGCAGCACCGGAGAUGAGGUCGCCUCCUACGCAGAGAGGCGAUGUGUACGCGUUUGGAGUACUGAUGAUGGAGGUGGCGACCGGGAGGAGACCGGAGUCGGGGAUGGUGGACUCGGUGCACCGGUCGUUCAAGGAGGCACGACCGCUAUCGGAGGUGGUGGACCCGGCGUUACUGAAAGAGGUGCACGCUAAGCGGGAGGUACUUGCGGUGUUUCAUAUCGCGCUUGGGUGUACGGAAGCGGAUCCGGAAGCGCGUCCGCGGAUGAGGACGGUGGUGGAUGGGCUCGAGCGCAUUGGGCCGGGGAGUUGAGCCGGGUUCGGGGUGCUGUUAUAUCCGGUUUAAUAACGCUGGGGUAGUGUGUGGUCAUUGUAGGAGUAUUGGAUAACAGUUUGGACUGAAGCUAGCAGGGAAAAAAAAUUGGUUAAGAUGUUUUAUUAUAAACAUGAUCGAUGAAUUGUAAAAUUAUUAAAUUUAUUUUAAGAUGAAUUAUAUAUCUUAAAUAAUUCAUUUUAAAAUUAAUCUAAUAAUUUUGUAAUUCAUCUCUAACUUGUCCCUGUUG